CUGAAAAAAUACAUUUCGCAGGCGUCUUUAACGAUCAGAACACUUCGCCAAUUCACCUGUGUGAGUGGGUUUCCGGAUGUAACAGCUUUGUAAAAAAGUCACAAAAAAGUUUGACGAACGCAUGGCAAAGAAUCCAACUUCUAAUGAGAAAAUACUGAGAGCGCGCUCGAGAUUAAAGUGGUCUUAUCCCGUCUUUCUGGUUGUGACUUUGUCGUCAUAAGACCAAUUUCAGGAUGAAUGGACAACUCGGCAAUACUUAAGAUAAAAAUUAUACCCAUUAUAAGGCUUACGCAAGCCUGGAACCAAGGGCUUAUUUAAGAAACAUUAAGUAGGAGGUACAGCCCACAAAAAGCUGAGGAAAAUUGACAUGGUGUAAAAAGGGUACAGUGCACUUUAACCAGAAGAGACAAAGAAGAAUUGUUUCGUUCGGGCACAAUCUAUUCUUGAUUAUCUUUGGUUCGGAUAAUUUAUGCUCCGACUUUCCGGAUCUAGGAAGCACUUCAGAUAUAAUCAUGUAUACAACAUUCUAAGCAACCAUGUGACCGUGUUGUUGUCAUUAUCAAGUUCUUUUCAUGGAUCAAGUCCUUCUCAUAUAUCCCUCGCGCAUGCGUCUCUCACUACUUGGCGCGUGAGAUAGCGUUUUCGUUUUCAUAAAUGUCAAUAGAGACGAUCGAACAAGAGAGAGAAACAUGGAGGUACGGUGCUACCAGAAGAUAAUAUGGAUUUUAACUGUUCUCAACUUCGUCAUCCAUUCCAGCCAAACUGAUCAAGAAUUCCCACCGACCCACUUCACUGAGAACCCCGUCGGCAGUACAGUUCUAGAAGGCACAACUCAAACUCUGAAAUGUCAGGCCAACGGGAAACCCUCCCCGCUGUACUCGUGGUACAGAAAUGGUCAAAUAUUCGUAAAGAACACCACCGAUCCAUCCACGAAAGUCUACGGGAUCAAGCUCUCGGAGGCCGGGGAAUAUCACUGUGUCGCGAAGAAUAGAUUGGGCGCGGUCCUCAGCAGAAGGGUCAACGUCCAUGUUGCUUACAUGAACGCGUUCCUAACGAAAAUCGACAGAACAAUCAGGGUGAACCAAGGUGAUGCCGUACUCGUAAAAUUGCAACCUAUCGACGGGUACCCCACCCCAGAGAUUACAUGGCUCGAGGGCGACACCCCUCCUCCCCGAAAUGCUCGGUAUCACGAGACCCAGAACGGGGACUUCGUCAUCCUCGAGUCCAGGUUAGAAGACGACAACAUGAUUCUACGCGCUCAAGCUGACAAUCUGUUCACCAAGACGAGGGUGGAUUCGCCUGCAACUACUGUCAGAAUACAGCACGUUGGUAGCGCUUACAGUCACAUUCCACCCAAGUUCAUCGUCCCUCCAGAAGAUACGAUAGCGAGAAUCGGAGACUGGUCUACAAGUCUUGAAUGUGUCAUUAACGCCAGGCCAAUCGAACACCUGACAAUCCACUGGUACAAGAAACGAGGCAGGAAUCGUCUGCUAAUCGAAUCCGACUUCAAAUACAAAGUCGAAAACUACAACCGUGUGUUGACCAUUAAGCACCCUGGGGCACUAGACGCUGGCGUCUACGAGUGCGAAGGGACACUUAUGAUUCCAGGAGGACCGCAGUACACCCCUGUCUCGCUAAAGGCUCAGCUUGAUGUCUACUCUGCCCCAGCUCUGGUGAAGGAGUCCCCCACCAACAUGAGCAAACGGACAGGAGAUGAGGUCAUCAUUGACUGUCCCGUCGACGCCUUCCCUAAACCAUCUGUGGCCUGGUACAAGAAUGGUCUGGCACUGUCUGUUGGCUUGGGGACAAGAUUCAAUGUUUUGGAAAAUGGCAGUCUUCGGGUGGAGUCUGUUGAUCGGGAUGACGCUGGCGUCUACCAAUGCUUUGCCCUGAAUAUCGCUGGGGAAGUGGACUUUGUCACAGCACUGCGGAUAACAAUGAGGACUAAAAUCGCCCUUCCGCCUAGGAACCUUAACGUCCUGAAGGGACAAACAGCGAUACUCAGAUGCGGAGUUGCACACGCCUACCACAUCAAGAUCAAAGUGGACUGGUUCCAUAACAAAGCUCCUGUUAGGUUACACGAUCCAAGGAUCAGGAUAUUGAAUGAUGGAACUCUUCGCAUCUUCACCAUCAGGUCGGACGAGUCCGGGAAUUAUACGUGUAAAGUCCACUCGGUCACCGGGAAUGACACCAGGAGUGCAGUCAUAAGAGUCCUCAGUCUCCCUCAAUCUCCCACUAUCGAUUCCGUGUCGAUAAGCAAAGACUCGGACAGGAAGAUCAACAUAAAAUGGACGCCCGGAUCAGAUGGCAACAGUGCCAUUAAAUACUUCAUCAUCCAGUACAGGGCAGUUCCAAGGGUUCGUCAUGGCUUCAUGGGAGUCUGGGAAGGAUGGCAACCGCUAGCUUCACCCAAAGCCGACACCUUUACCAACAACAACUUCGUGUACACGGCCGAGGACCUGAUCCCUGGGAAGACGUACCAGUUCCACAUCAGCACAGUCAACAGAAUUGGUGAAGGAAGACCCAGCCGAGCCAGUAGGACUAUCACUCUACCCCCUUAUGAUGAAACAGAUAUACUUGAGAGCGCGGUGAAUGGGCCAAGAGCCAAUCAGAUUACGAACCAGAAAGGCUACCAACCCAACCCACCAAAACCCAGCCGCAUUCUCUCAACGACAAGUAGAAAAAAUACUUCUCUGACAGUGACGACAGAAAAACCGAAACAGGAAUUGUCAAACAGCCUUGUCCUACAAAGUGACCAACUCAAAGCACUGAUGGAGGUGUUGACCUUGAGCAAGGAGAAACUGGAAUUGGAGAAGGAAAAGCUCAACAUUGAAAUGCAUGUUCUACGAAUGAAACAGAGGACGAUGAUAGAGAACCGACGACAGGGAUCAAUUAGCGUCAACUGCUUCGGCCACAGGAAGGGGGAAUAUCUAAACGAUGAGGGGCAUGACGAGGAUAAAGGAACAUCAUGAAUUGGAAUGCAGUCCUUGCUUCAAUCGCAGCAGGAAAAGACAUUUAAAGGGACAGUAGUGCAGGAAAGCACUUAAGUUGUGGAAAGAUUCCUUCUUCAACCAAGAAUCAGUGCCAAAGAUCUCAUCUCUGAUCAUCUCUCAUGUUCAACAGGGUGUCCCAAAAGAAUUUUGCCUAACUUUGAGUAGUGUAUGUAAUAUGAUAAAGGAACUUGUGCCAUUCAACAAGCAUGGCGAGUCAAAUCAAAUCUUGCAAAAUCUUGGCCUACUUGGUUGUGACCAAACCAACAAGUAUCAAGUAUCCAAAAUGAUGUUGGAAAAACCUGAGGUGUGAUGAAACAACUACCGCUUCGGUCAAGUUUUUGAGACACCCUGCUUACACCACCAAACCUAAUUCAUAGCAAGAGAAAAUAAAUAAUAUUUGUACAGUUUGUGAUGUAGACAUACUAAGUGAUAAACCCGUGUUGAUCCCCCCUCCCCCGAUUGUUCUCGACAUCAGUAUGUCCAGUACAGAUGUAAUAUGGUAGGACAUGUAGAAUGGCAUGGACAGUUGAUGUACUACGUAGUAAUGCAAAUAAGUUGUAACUCAGGACAAUGAGAAUAUGAGUCUCAAGCUGUAUGUUUAUUGUCGAAUGUUGUGUAUAUAAUGACAUGUGUUUUAGUUUUAUGUCCCUUGUAGAUAUAGCCAUAUUCACUUCAUCAUAACAUAGUUGUCCAGAUAACGAAUUUUGGUUCUUUAUUGUUUAGAUGAAAAUUUUAUCAAAAAACAUUCAAAAUAUACACAGCAGCUACCCAGCUGGCUUUAAAUUUGUAAAACAAUUGGAUUGGGAGGCUAUAGGCAAAACUCGGGUGGGCCAGAUUCAAUUUCACAAAGACUGAUCAGUGUUUCUAAUCUCACAGUACAUAGCCACAAUUCAUGCUUGUACGAGGAAUAUGUUCGUAAUACCCAGUUCCCUAACUGUGCAAAUUAAACACCAGGAGACUACCAAACGGGACCCCUGGGUUCUGCCUGUAGUCGUCCUUUAAGCCAAGGAGAUAUGGUAGCUGCUCACUGUCCCAUCGAAAAAAAACCCUGUUUCAAUUCUGCAGCAGACAAUCGUUUUAACAAUGGCUACCUUUGCAUUUUGAUAGGUCAACAUUAUUAUUGUAACUGCAUGUUCCUACAUGUACUGAAGGACAGGAACUGGUAGUGGUAUCCUGUACUUCAAUUAAGUAAUCAUGCCACAAAAUUAGAAAUAAUAAUUACCACAGUAGCCGUUCUAAUUAUAAUUUUUUGUCUGCAAGAGAAAGCACUGGGGUAAAUCGCUCACUCUUUUCACAGAUGGUGUGCCAUUAUGUUCAACAGGUUGUUCCUUGGCCGAUAAUGACCCACUCUUCACAAACGGUGUGCUUACGUUACACAGGAAUAUCAUGUACAUGUGCCUUUAAUUGCUGCAAUCUGCUUAGCCAGGGUUAUCAAAGGUGACACCAUUCAGCGCCAGUGUUUUUCAAGAGGAAACAACAAAUUAUUAUCAGACGGCACUGUGACAACACAGACUAUGCAACACACUACCUUCAUUGGCAUAAAAAUAUUUGUACAAAUGACUUGUUCACAUUGUGAAUAAAUAUAGAACACUUAAAGGUAGAUUAUUAAA